AUGAAAGCAGCAUUUCUUGGUCAUCAAUAUUUGACUGUAAAAUCAAUUAACGAAAACAAUGUUUAUUUCAAUUCUGGAGGACUUCGUAGUAGUCGAAAAUAUGAACGAAUACAUUCUAAACAACAACCAACUACUAAUUCAAUAGACCCACCAAUUUCAGCUUCUGAUCCACUGUCACAUCGAUCGAUUACAACUCAGAAACAAUCUGAAUCAAAUGUACCAUCAGUAGCUAUUAUCGAACGAAGUUAUAGUGAUUCAAAUGAUCUUUGUGUUGUUUCUGAUCAACAAUCAUCGAUCGAUACUCAAUUUCGACAUCAUGUUGAAAGAAAACGAGAUGAAGACGGAAAAUUAAGUGGUCGUGUUCGUCAUUUUUAUAAAAAACAAGAUGCUCUUAUUGAUUCAUUUAAAGAACUUCAUGAACAAACAUCAUUUGAAUUUAAAAAAGAAGAUGAGCAUUUAAAUAAACAAAAACGACACACUGAUUGGCUUAUUAAAGCGACCUUAAUUUUCAAUGUGACAUUGUUAAUUGCUAAAAUAAUAGCUGCUGUCUUUUCUAGUUCUCUUUCAAUUAUUUCAUCAGUUAUUGAUUCUGCUGUUGAUUCAGCUUCAGCAUGUUUACUUUUUUGGGUUAUUCGUGUAAUAAAACGUCGUGAUCCUUAUACUUAUCCAGGAGGUCGUACUCGUCUCGAACCGCUUAUCAUUGUAAUUCUAUCAGUUCUUAUGAUUUCAGCAUCAGUUCAAGUUAUUUAUGAAUCAGUUCAAUCAUUAACAAAUUAUGUAAAUUAUUUUACAAAAAAAUCAACAUCUUUACGUCAUAUUGAAAUGGGACCAGCACCUAUUACUGUCAUGUGUGUUACAAUAAUUUCUAAAGCAAUUCUAUCAUUUCUUUGUUAUCAAAUACCAAAUCCAACAAUGUAUGCUGUUGCACAAGAUCAUCGUAAUGAUGUUUUUUCAAACAUAAUCGCACUUGCAUGUGGUAUUAUUGGACAACUUCGUGAACAAGUACGAAAUUUAAGUGGUUAUAAAGCACAACCUGAAUUUUUACAAAAAAUUACAUGGCUUACAUUACAACAUUCACCAUUAAUAAAAAAAAUUGAUACUGUUCGUGCAUUUCAUUUUGGUACAUCAUUUUUAGUUGAAGUUGAAAUCAUUUUGCCUGAAACAAUGUCUCUUAAACAAGCACAUGAUAUAAGUAAUGGAUUAAAAAAUAAAUUAGAAAGUAUAUCUGAAGUUGAAAGAGCAUUUGUACAUUUGGAUUAUGGUGUUGAUGCUCUUGCAUAUUAA